AUGCCGGUUCCUUCUAAGCUGGCCUCAAACCCCCUGUUUGAGAUGUUCUAUAAGCCGCCCCUCACCUGGGCGGAUCAUGUCACGAAUUACAUCGACGGACUUUUACCUCAAGUGGAUAUUGUUGAUGAUACGACUGAUUCCUCGUCGGACGAGUACAGUCCAUCCGACUCUCUGUUUGUUGAGCUAGAUACAGCUGUCGAAGAUAUCUCUGUGACGCCUGGCGUUCAGCAGUUGACUCGAGAGGAGUUCAUUGAAAGGUUCCAUUUCACUCAGAAAUACUGGCCUAUUGAAGAAGUUUCAACGGAAGGUGAUAGUGAUAUCGAUGCUCCUUCUGUUCCUGAAUCAAGUGGUCGAGUAGCAGGGGAGAGUCCACAUCAAUUCGAGAGCCCGUUUCACGCCGAGGUCUCGCGUCAAUUAAAAACACCACCUCAAGUUGUGGAUUCCCAAGCCACCCAUCAAGACACCAAGUUUGUCAGUUCCCCGUACAUCACCAAUCCCCCCUCCCAAAAAAAGACUCCCUCCAAGGGAUCCCGCCGAGCUGGUACGCACAGAAGGCACCGAAAAAAAGUCCCGAAAAAAGCGAAAGCAAAAGGGAAACAGAAAGACCAGCCCGCUGAGGCUGCGAGCACCUUUACCGGCGCUGCAACCCUCGACACCAUUGAUCCUAUGACCAUCGCUGCCCCCGUUGCCUGUCGCAGCUCUGCCGAGGCUGCUACCCUCAUGAGCAUCGUCGAUCCUGUGAACAUCUCUACCCGCGCUUCAUCCCCUAUUGACUCCAGUGAACCUGUCAUCAUUGCUACCCCGAUCAACCUCCCGCCCUCACCUUUCCCCUCUUGGCGAUCUUCCCCUUCCCCACCCUGGGAGAAAGUUAUCAGUCAUCAUAAGUACCAUUUCAAAGAGAGAAUGGAGUACAGAGAGAAGCAGACAACUGCUUCAGAACGUCCCCUCAGUGCCCCAUCUUCGGCCACUCACGGCGAGGAGAUGAGCACCAUGACCUUUUCUGCUCUUCCAAGUGAGGAGAUCAAUACCAUGCCCUCUCCCGUUCUUCCAAGUGUGGAGAUGAACACUACACCUUCUCCAGUUAUUCCAAGUGAGGAGAUCAACAUCACACCUUCUCCCAGUUGCCUAAGUAUGGAGGUGGCUUCUGUUUGCUCCGAAGUCUCGACUGAAGUCAUGGAGGCGAUCUCAACCACCGAUACUCAUCGUGAUACCAGCGAAGAGAGUGUCGAGAGAACACCUGUUGCACCUGCACCCAUUCUGCUUUUCUCCAAGGAGGACACCGAGUCUUCCACCGUUCCGGAAGCAGCCUCAAUGACCGAGAACCAUCCUGAUACUAGUCCAGAGAGUGUCGAGGGAACUCUUGUUCUACCUGCCCCCGCUGUCACCGUCUCAAAGGAGGAACCCGAGUCUGCCGUCGUUGACACGGAAGCACCUUCAAAGACCGAGAUUCGCUAUGCUCUUACCCCCGCCGUGCUCACCUCGACCCCGAACACUGGUUCUUCCAUCUUUGAUACGGUGAUAACUCCAGAAACAAAAUCCCUUGAUGCCUUUGCACCCACUGUUCCCACUUUGGGCCCGGAGCAUACCCCCCCUUUCAUCGUCGAUUCGAACGAAUAUUACAAGAAAAUCCGUGAGCGUCAGCCCGAUAUGGACAAAGUGCAAGCUUUCGAGGAAGGGAUGCGAUAUGCACAUGAACUGCGCGAGGACGAGGAGAGGCGUGCAGCAGCUGAAUGGAACCAGAGACAGAGUCAUUACGCACAGCAAAACCAAACCACAUACUAUCACACAAAUGGCAUGCCGAUGAUCGCAAGCGCAGCUGCUUUCCCCUGGUACCAGCCUGAGGGUUCCAAUACUCUCGCAUCGGUUCCUUACCCAUACCUCGUUCAGCAUACUCCCCAGGGCAUGUACCCACUGUCUUGGCAGCGUAUGAACUCGCAUUACUGGAACUUUGAUGAAGCCUGUGCGCACCAAGAAAAUCCGUACCAGUAUGCUGCCCUUGUUUUACGCUGGAGCAGCAGAAUGAGCCGCCACCUCCUGGAUGCCACCACUCUGAAAUUCCCAGGGCACGUUGGAGCCACGAUUUCAGCCAUUCCAAUUACGCGAGAAGCAUCAUUGAGGGUGGUGCUGUGGGGGAAGAUUACCAUGACAAUCAAGCAAGCUACGCUGCCCCAAUCGGUCCUGCUGGAGCUCUCAUUGAAGGUGAUGCCAGAGGUUUCAUUCAACCUGCUUCUCGUUUCGUUCAAUCUGGUUCUGCCCAAUACAGUCCUGCUGGGGUUCUCAUGCAAGGUGGUGCCAGAGGUUUCUUCCAACCUGCUUCUGGUCUUGUUCAAUCCGGUUCUACUCAAUACAGUCCUGCUGGAGCUCUCAUUGACGGCGGCGCCGGAGGUUUCAUUCAACCAGCUUCUGGUUUUGCUCCAUACGGUCCUACUCGAAGCGUCUAUCCCUCGAAUAUGGGUGGAUACCACCAAGAUGGCUCUGGAGGUUAUGCUCCUACUGGUCAGGCUGCUCAUGUCCAUCACAAUCAUCACGGGGAUACGGAUGGAUAUAAUCAGGGCUCUGGACCGCAGCGCCGAUCCCGGGUCUCUGGGAAUCAGCACUGGUAUCGUUCUUCUGGAGGAAGUCAUCGGCACUCGACUUCCUCUGAUAGUUACAGGCACAAUCGAGCCGGAUCUGGACCUGGGCCUUCUGUAG